AUGUUUCUGCAUCUACUCGUCGCAGCGCUCUUGUUGGGUGUGCUGUGGGUUCGUCGCCGGUUCGCGUACUGGAAAGAUCGCGGAGUCCCGUACGUGGAGCCUACGUUUCCCCAUGGCAACCUGGCCGGAAUGGGAAGUACGCUUCACAUGGGGAACGUCAUCCGCAGCGUGUACGGGCAGCUGAAGGGCAAGACGGCCGGAUUGGGAUUCGCCGGCAUGUACUUCUUCCUCAAUCCCGUCACGGUGGUGUUCGAUCUGGAGCUAGUGAAAAAUGUGCUCGUGAAGGACUUUCACUAUUUUCACGACCGUUCGGUGUACCACAACGAGAAAGAUGACCCGCUGUCGGAGCACUUGUUUGCGAUGGAGGGCACCAAGUGGCGGUCGCUGCGCUCGAAGCUGACGCCCACGUUCACGUCCGGCAAGAUGAAGAUGAUGUUCCCCACCAUUCGGGCGGUGGCCGACGAGUUUAGCAAGUGCGUCGCCGGCACGAUCAAAAGUGACCCCGAGCUGGAACUGAAGGAGCUGCUGGCCCGCUUCACGACCGACGUGAUCGGGAACUGUGCGUUCGGACUGGAGUGCAACAGCCUGAAGGACGCCGAUGCCGAGUUUCGGCGGAUGGGCAGGAAAGUGUUCCACGUUACCCGAUUUGGCCUGUUGAAGCGCUUCCUUGCCUCGCAAUAUCCGAACGUGGCCCGCCGGUUGGGCGUGACCAAUAAUGCGCCAGACGUGUCCAAGUUCUUCCUCAACGCGGUCCGCGAAACGGUUCAGUAUCGCCUCACGAACAACGUCCAGCGGAACGAUUUUAUGAGCCUGCUGAUGGAACUGAUGAAGGAAGAGGACGUGGACCCGCUCUCGAUCGAGCAGGCCACCGCGCAAGCGUUCGUGUUCUUUGCGGCCGGUUUCGAGACCUCGUCGACGGCGAUGGCGUUCUGCUUGUAUGAGCUCGCCGUCAACCAGGAGCUCCAGCGCAAGGCGACAGACAAUGUGAACGAAGUCCUGAAGCGUUACGAUGGCACGCUGAGCUACGAGGCGCUGCAGGACAUGGUCUACAUCGACAUGUGCAUAAACGAAUCCCUACGAAAGUACUCCCCAGCGGCGACGCUAUCGAGGAUCGCAUCGAAGGAUUAUCCGGUGCCCGGUACCAAGCAUGUCAUUCCGAAGGGUCAAACGGUGCUGGUGCCAGUGCACGGCAUUCAUCACGAUCCGGAGUACUACCCGGACCCGGAUCGGUUCCUGCCGGAAAGGUUCGACGAGCAAACCAAAGCGAACCGCAAUCCGUACGCCUUUCUUCCGUUCGGGGAGGGUCCCCGGAACUGUAUUGGCCUGCGCUUCGGACUGAUGCAGGCACGCAUCGGAAUGGCUGUGUUGCUGAAGCACUUCCACUUUACCCUAUCACCGAAGACGCCGGUUCCACUUCGAGCGUCCCCAUCGAACACCGUGUUUACGAUCGAUGGCGGUUUGUUCUUGAAGGUCCAAACAGUGUGAUCACCUUAGGAAAGUAAAUCUGUAGCCCGGUAAAUGUAUUGCGGACAGUAUUUUUUUUAAU